AUGGGCAAUUGUGUUACCAACAGAACAAAAAUAUAAACCAAUCUAGAAAAGCCCCAAAAGAUGUACAUUCAUUAAGCUUUUGUUAGACAAACACUUACAAAUCCAGAGUAUAGUUUAUAAUGAAAAAUUGUUAGAUCUCGUAAAUAGAUGUUGUUAUUUGAAGAUAAUUUUAUUGAGAUGUUUGAUGAAAGUCCAAUCUUUGGUUAAAGCAUGUAUUGGUUUUUACUAGGUCUAUAAAACAAUGAAUAAAAAGGUAUCGAAUAUGAAACAAUGUUACCAAUAUCAGAAGUCUUUAUUUUAGGUAAAUCAGAAAACGAAAUUUUAAGAUUACCAAAUAGAGUUUCACUUAUUGUAUUAAUAAUCAUAUCAUUUGGUAAUCUAAAUAUUAAAGAUGCUAUUAAAUAAUUUGCAUCUUUAGAAAUUACUUAUUUAUAGACAGCAAAAUGUAUGCAAGUGUUUAUUAAUAUGAUGUUAAGAAAACAAAAUCUUAAUGAACAACCUAUAAAAGCAUUUGUAGAUGCUAUAUUCUCAAAAGUUAAUGGUAAUGUUCCUAUCUUGCAGUUAAUUAAAUUUUUUGAUAAUUACCUGACAUAAUUAGAAGAAAUUGUUGAAGAUUAUUAUUACAAUAAAUUUUUAGGAGAAUAAAAAUUAUUUCGUAUUCCUUAAUUAUAACAUCCAUCUCAUAUAAUUAAUUAAGAAUGGAUAGCAUUUAUGUAUUUAAGUUUCAUGCAAAAAGAUUGUAAUAAAUUAGAAUUACUCUAUUCUUCUAAUGUUCAUGAAAGAAAUUUUGAAUUAUUAUCUCAUCUUCUCAUUGAUAGUUAAUCUAGUGUAUUAUUCUUAAUACAAUGUAAUGAAGGAAAUCGUAAGUAUAUUUUUGGAGCAUAUACAAAUUUUGAAUGGAAAGAUGAUGCUCAACCUAGUGGUAGUAAAGAGGAUUGUAUAUUUUAAAUGUUCCCAUAAUUUAAAGUUUAUAAGACUAAAAAUGAUAAAUUCACUAGAUCAUAGUGUACUUAUUUGAAUUCUAAAAAUUCAGAAUUAAAAUAAGGCAUUGGAUUUGGAGGUGAAUUAGCAAAAGAAUUUAGAAUUUUUAUUAAUUAAGAUCUUCUAAGUAUUUAAUGUAAAAAUCAUGAUAAAACUUAUGAAUCUGGUGAAUUAAUGCCUUUAAAAUAAGCUAAAGUAUCUAUUUUAGAGGUGUGGACCAUUUAAUAUAUUUAAGGUACCACUUAAUUUAAAGAUCUCAUUUAUUAAAAAAUAGAUGAAUAAAUUGAAUUAGAAGAGUUUGAAAAUCCAUUAGUUCAUUUAGAUGAAGAUAUCAGUUCUUAUAGGUCUGGUGAUUAUCCUUCGCAUAGUGGUUCAAUUAAUUAAUUAAAGGAAAAAGAUUCUUGUGAUUGGGAUGGAGAAAGUUAAAAUGGAUUUGAAGAAGAGAUCAUCAUAAGAGGAGAUGGAUUUGAAGAAGUUAAGAAAAAUGAAUAAGGAUUUGAAGUCAUUCCUUUGAAUGAAACUAAUGUAAAUCAUUUUAUAAUAUACUUAUUAUUAGAUUAGUAAAAAAAGUACAAAAAUCCAAAACCAAGAAUAAUUAAAUUAACUACCUGAAAAUCAUGAUAAUCAAUUCGAAGAAGUUUUGAUUAAAAAAUCUGAAUCUAUGGAUUCUUCUGCACUUCAAAUGGUUUAUAAUGUUGUUUCAGGAACAUUUGGUCAAGUUGAAUCUGAUGACAAGUAUAAUUAUAAAUAUAAUAAAUCAAUAGUUGGAAUGGUGAUAACUCUGAUUGGAAAGGCAAUGGAUCCAUUUCAAGUAAACAAAGUCGAGUUCAAUUAAGUAAAGAUUUAGCUACGAUCACUGAAGAUCUUAAGGAAUCUACCAAUACACAAUAUUGA